AUGAGUGUUAUCGUCGUUGAAUCAACCAAAUUUGUUAACUUACCAUCAAAAUUAUCUUUAAUUUUAGUUUGUAAUAACAACAAUAGCAUUAGAAAUGUAGUUUCUUCACAAUCCGUUGAAAUCUCGUCAUCAAAUGACAUUAACAAUAAUAAUAGUUCAUAUAAAAUAAAUAAUGAUAAUAAUAAUAAUAAUAAUAUUAUUGUUAUUGAUAAUUUAAAUAUUUCAUCAAAUUAUUCAUCUUUCGAUAUAACUUUAUCACCAUUACCAUCAUUGUCAUCAUCAAAUUCACUAGCAUUAAACCACUCAGAUUCCGACUCUGACUCAUUUUUUUCUGAAGAUGAGAAUAGUGAAGAUAGUGAAUUAAUUACAAUACUAAAAGAAAAUGUCAAAGGAAUUCAAUCGGUAGAUUGUGAGUCCAUAACUUCCAGAACUUCUUGUGAUUUGUUUGCUCCGAUGUGUAGCUAUAUUACUUUCACCAGUUGCUGUGGUGAACUUCGUGGCUAUUGUUGUUUCAAUGGAUUGCAUUGCCAGAUGUUAAAUGGUGUUCCAACAUGUGUGCCGUCGUCUUGUAGCAACUUUCAGUGUCUGGGUGCAUUCCACUGUGUUAUGAUAGGUCAAAGUCCAACUUGUGUUCCAAAUCAAGCAUAUAAUCCACCACCUCCACAACAACAACAACAUUACAAUAAUCAACCUACACAAUUAACAUGCCAACUUCUUCAUUGUUUAAUGAACUUUCAAUGUGUAAUGUUAAAUGGAGUACCUACUUGUGUUCCACAAUAUCAACAGCAACAAUAUCAACAACCACAAUAUCAGCAACCACAAUAUCAGCAACCACAAUAUCAGCAACAACAAUAUCAGCAACCACAAUAUCAGCAACCACAAUAUCAACAACCACAAUAUCAGCAACCUACUCAAGUAAAUUGUCAAACUUUACAUUGUUUAAAUAACUAUCAGUGUAUAAUGAUAAAUGGUGUACCUACUUGUGUUCCACAACAGCAACCGCAACAACAACCACAAUACAUUCCAAAUUUUGUUAUAACACCACAACCCCGACCACCUGUUACUUAUCCACCACCUAUUUAUAUUCCACCGCAGUCAACACCAAUUCCUACACAAUAUGCACCAUCAACACCAUAUCCUACUCCCCCGGAAGCUACACAUCCACCUCAGUUGGUAAACGGUCGUUUUAAUUUCGACUUACUAAAGGCAUGCGACAAGGUUUGUCCAACAAACUUUUUUUGUAGGGAGAUUAUGGGUUUUCCAACGUGUAUUGCUAUUGGAAAUAAUAUUCAUUUACAGUCGAUAUCUACAUGUCAGAACUCACUAUGUCCAACUGAUAUACCGACUAUCUGUCUCAACUAUAGUCUUCCAACAUGUGUUCCCAUCAAUGAGCCUUUUCCACCAGUCGCACCAAUUGGACUCAAAUGUGGUUCAGGAUAUUGUCAUCCAUCUGACCGAUGUUAUAAUUGGCCUAGUUACUCUGGAUGUGUUCCAAGAACAAUGAACUGUGAAGAAUAUCAAUACCCAGAGUGCCAGCAGAAUUCACCCGUAUGUCAAUGGACCUACAUGAAAGAUUGUUGUGGAAAAACUAAAUUCUAUUGUGCCAACAACAUGGCAUCAAGUGGCGGUUGUAGUUCGGAAUACUAUUGUGCAACUAUGCCAAACAAUCAGACCUACAAGGUAAUCACCAAUUGUAAGCCAUUGGAAGCACACGUAUUCAGAGUACCUUAUAAGAAAUGUGAAGAAAAUACAUGUCCACCUGGUUACGCUUGUUCAUUACAAAAAGGAGAGAGCGAUUGUAUUGAUACCUGUUGUCCAUUGGUACCUAGGUGCAUUGAGCUGCCAAAACCAACACCUUAUAUUCCACCAAUAAUAAUGAUACCACCAAUUCCCAAGACAUUACCACCUUUCACUUUUGUACCACGAAGUACACCAGCACCUACACCCUCUGAAAUAUAUCAUACAGUACCACAGGUAAUACCUCCUUUACCACCGUUGCCACACAGAACUCAACCUCCAACUCAUCCACCAGCACCACCAACACCACCACCAACACCACCACCAACACCACCACCAACACCACCACCAACACCACCACCAACACCACCACCAACACCACCACCAACACCACCACCAACACCACCACCAACACCACCACCAACACCACCACCUACACAUCCACCAACUCUACCACCAACUCCGCCACCAACUCCGCCACCAACUUCGCCACCAACUUCGCCACCAACUCCGCCACCAACUCCGCCACCAACUCCGCCACCAACUCCGCCACCAACUCCGCCACCAACUCCGCCACCAACUCCGCCACCAACUCAAGCACCUACUCCUCCACCAACACAACCACCGACACCUACACCUACUCAAACACCAACACCAACAUUUCAUGUUCAAAGACCGCCUAUGUCUCCAAAUCCAACUGUAUUUUCGGAGCCAUCUGAUAAUAAUGUUGUCAAUCUUGAAGGUAUUUCUAUUUUUGACCAUCAACCAGCAGCGGUUUCUGCUUCACAUUCCAAACCGCCUAGCCAAAGUGAAAUGCCUAUUGUUAUGACAACAGGUUUAAUUCAAAAUAUUGGUGAUAAUCCAACUACAAAAGAACCAUAUAAUGUAGCUCAGAUCUCAACAGUUAAUUUGACAGUAGCACCAUCCUUAUCAGGUAGUGGUUCCCCCGAGGUUAUUCAUGAUGAUACUACUUCAAAUCAACAACAGACAUCAAGUUUACAAUCAUCUUCUCCCCUUCAUGCUCCCCAACCAAAGAAUCCAUAUAAUAAUAAUGGCCAAAUCAAUCAAAUUUAUCCUACAGCAACACCUGACUCUACCAUAGCAACUUCCCCAAAGACAACGAGUUCUCCAAUUUUCUCACCAAAUACCAACGAAAAUGGAAAUUUACAACCAAUAACUUCAAUUGGUUCCAACACAGAUACACAUUUACCAAACAUCAAGUCAAAUCAAACAUCAACACCAAAAAGGCCGGAAACUUUGACUAAUCAAUCACCUACUGUCAUUACACAACAGCCUGAUACUGCUAUUAAUAUCUCCAAUCAAUCAAAUAGCGCAUCACCAUUAAAUCAAUCACCAACAUCGAGUAAUAAUAAUCUCACAAGACCAUUUACCAGUCCAGAUUUUACUACCUCAACACAAGAAACAAUACAUGCACCAGAAGACACAUCAGAACCAACACCUCAUACACCAAUUCGUUCAAUUCCAGUUAAUUCUCCUCCACCAAGUGAAGUUCAAAUCCAUGUUGGUUCGGAGCAAAUCCUCACAUCUAAUGUAUACAUCAUUCCAACCUUUACACCCAAACCAGCCAAUAAUGAUUCAUCAGAGUUUGGAAUUUUUGACUUUGACUUUGAAAACAUCUUUCAUACAAAACAAAAUGAAACAUCAUCAAGCCCUAUAUCACCACCUGCUGCUACAACUGGUCAUCUUACCGAACCACCUAUUCCUCCAAAUAAGCAUUUUCCUCGAACCAGUGAUGUUCAACAAUCUAAUAGUCCAAUAGAUUACAAUUCAAUAACAACUUCUACACCUUUCACAAUUGGAGAUGUAGUUACAGAGAAUCAACCUAGAUUACCAAGAUUAACAACUUUAUCAGAAACAUUAACUGCAACUACAGCAACAAAUGGAAUAACUACUACAUUUAUAGAUUUAACAUCUUCUAUUUUAUCAACUUCAACAGCAAUAGCUACAAAUGGAUAUCCUAAAGAACCAUUAUCUUCACAAACUUCAAGUUUUAAACCAACAUCACAUUCAAUUUCAACGUACAUGACUGCUGCAAGUACAACAACAACAGAAAUUUAUACAAAUCAUCAAGAUGAAUCACUAUCAAAGGUUCCUCAAAGUCCAAAAUCAACUACAGGUACAACAUAUGCAUUGUCUGAAACAUUAAAAUCUACAUCAACAAUAUUUCCAGCAAUUCAAUCAUCUACUUAUACAUCAUCCAUUCCUAAUCAAUCAAAUACUCCAAGAUUCUCUCCAAUUCCACCACCUUUUACAUCUGUCGUUACAACCUCUGAUUCUUUUACAACAGCAACCAUAGGUUCAAGUCAAACGCCAAAUCCAUCAAUAUCAUAUAAUCCAGAUGAAACACUUUCUUCUGUUCCAAAGCAACCAAAAGUACCAUUAACUAUCUCAAACUUAGUAUCAACAGUGUCAACUACAGUUUUACCUGCAUCUUCAGAUAUUGCGUCCAUCUCCACCACAGCAUAUCAAACAACAAAUAUACCAAAGUUUUCCACUGAUAUUAUCACAAGUUUACCAAAUCCAAAAGCAACUGAUACAUUAACUACAAGUUCAAGUACAGCACUCCCCAAUACAAAUAAUCCAGAUGAAUCUCUUUCCUUUGUUCCACAGAUACCAAAAGUACCAUCAACUUCAACAACAACUCCUAAUAAUCGUUUGACUACUGGUACAACUUUUGUACAAACUAAUCCUACAACAAGCAAUAUCUAUCAAAGUGAAACACAAUCUCAGGCACCAAAACAACCAAAUGGAUCUUUGCCACCAAACAUAGUUGAUGGAAUAGCAAAAACAUCAAUACCGAGUACUCUCUCAACUUUAUCUGUUUCAUACAAUCUAGAUGAAACACUUUCAUAUGUUCCUCAACAACCAAAGGUUCCAUCAACACUUUCCAGUCCUGUUAAACCAACCACCACAAUUUCAACUACUGUUUUACCAUCUUCAGAUCAAACUGCUGUUGCAACGACAAUGACAACAAGUUUAACAACAGGUCCACAAACACCAUCACCUUCAAUCCAAACACCACCAAAAACACCACCACAACCAACAAAUUCAAUUUCAUCUUCUUCACCGUCAUCAUUGUCUUAUAAUCCAGAUGAAUCACUUUCCUAUGCUCCACAACCAAAAUUACCCUCAACACUCUCCAGUCACGUGAAUCCAACUACAACCAUGUCAACCACAUUAUUACCAACAACAUCAUCUCAAACAUCGACAACAAUAUCUUCUGCCAAUGGUUUUAUGACAACCGUACAAACACCAUCUCCAAAUUCAUUACCACCACAACAUCAAACAACAAACGCACCAUCAUCAAUAUCCACAACAUUAACAUCAUCGUCGGUUUCUUACAAUCCAGAUGAAACACUUUCAUUUACUCCUCAACAACCAAAAGUACCAUCAACACUUUCCAGUUCUGUCAAACCAACCACCACAAUGUCAACAACUAUUUUACCAUUACCGUCAGAUCAAACUGCUGUUGCAACAACAAUGACAGCAGGUUUAACAACAGGCCCACAAACACCAUCACCUUCAAUUCAAACAUCACCAGAAACACCACAACCAACAAAUUCAAUUUCAUCGACUUCAUCAUUGUCUUAUAAUCCAGAUGAAACCCUUUCCUAUGCUCCACAACAACCAAAAUUCCAUCAACACUUUCCAGUCCUGUGA